AUGAAGAUCCUAGUUUCACCCUUCUCAAUAAAAAAUUUACUAAAAGUCUAUAAAAAGAAAAUUUUAUUAGUUUGCAAUCAGUUGCAUUACGGCCGUGCGUGGCCACAGAACUCAGAUGCUUAUUUGUGUUAUCAACUGCGAAAUAUGAAUCUCGUAGAGCCAGAUGACAUAUCUGCAGACUCAGUUAAAAUCCUGUGGUACGUUUGUUUUCAUCCGUUUUUUAAUUCCAAGUGGGCUAUUCUUCUCUCUCUUAUAAAUAUGUUGAUCUGUUGCCUGUACACAACUUUAGCAAUAAUAGGAAUUCUGUUGUCGUACAACAAUGACUUGUUCUUCAUGGCUGAGUGUUUGCAAACUUGUAUACUAAUGACACACAUAAUUUGCAAAGUUCUAAAUUUACACGUCCACCGAAAAAUCCUCAUCAGCUUGUUGGAGAAAAAGUCACAAUUUUGGAAAAUUGCUGACUUCGAAAAACGCCAAGAAUAUUCAAAAAUUCUUAACAUUAUCAAAAACGUUAUUCGUUUUUAUUUCACGAUGUCGAUAAUGGCUGCUGUAUUUUUCGAUCUCCAGCCUUUUACGACCGGGUUUUUGCCUACAAGCUGCUACGUUCCUUCAGGAUCGUUUCCUUAUUUAGCUGCACUUCUCUGGUAUUUAUCCUGUGUGUGUGUCAUUUGCGUUCCAGGAACGGACUGUCUUUUUUGUUCGCUGGGAACAUCAGUGGUUGUACAGUUUAAGUUGCUGGGUCACAGAUUUCAAAACAUUUUUAGAGAUACCUCCGAUCACAAGAUCUGGGGAGAACUGGAAAAUUACUGUAAUCAGCUGAAUUCGAUUUUUCGAGGAGUUUUUCUGCUUCAGUUUGUAAUAGCAAUAGCGUCUGCUUCAGUAGGUGCUUGGACCAACAGAGUGAAAUUUGCGAUAUAUUUUGUCACAAUUAUUACUGAGACUGGUUUUUACUGUAUUCCUUUGGAAAUUAUAGCAGAUACAGCUCAAAAAACGGCCAAGUCUGUAUACAAUUCGAAAUGGCAUGAGAUAAAUAAAUUGCAAUUUAGGAAAUGUUUGACGCUGGUUAUCGCAAGAUCUCAGAAAGUUAUAGUUUUCAGUGGAUAUGGAAUGUUUGACAUGAAUUUGAAAACUUAUGUUUUAAUUUGUAAAACUGUCUUGACUUUUUAUACGUAUUUGAAUUCGAACAACUACUGGGUUAGAGCUACAGACGGUACGAUAGUAAUGAACGGAAAAUCUGAAGGAGAGGAGGAAAGAUAA